AUCGUCAGCCGCUGUAGGACGUGCAUUGCUGGGAGUUGUAGUGAACAUCAUGUUGUUUCAUCCCGGGCUUACAGUGAUACUUGUCGUUGUUGUGAUGCGGACAGCGGCUAGACCUUGGGACGAUAGUUCUUUCCUAUCUAACGAUAUAUACAACGGAUACCCACAAGAUGUCAUCCAAGAUUUGGCCUUGGGAAGAGGAAAUUCUGCAUAUGGAGACGACAGUAGGAUGGAAGAUACGCCUAUGGCCAAACGGUUCUCCAUGAAUUCAUUCCGGCUGUUCCGUCCUUUUUAUCACAGCCAAAAGAGUGGACAAGGUUCAAGAAAUUUCCACAAGAGAGGAAAUAGCCUGAACGACUUGAUAACGCGACUAUUGGCGUUGAAAGGGAACGUCUAUGGCGGCCGAGCGGCUUCCAUGAGAUUCGGCCCUGGUGGAAAGUGAGCGUGCCAUUCGCUCCACAGACUCCGGAACAAUGAUCCGCCAUUUUGUUACUCACCUAUAAUGAAGUAAAUCUGAUUAGCCUAAUCUGCUGAAAGUUUAGAGUCCCCUGAAAGAUCUCGUUUUUUGUUUAUAAUGAAUAUUGUACAACUGGGACUAGCAACACCGGCAAAAAAGAAUCGGAAUGACAGUGGUGAAAAUCAAUACAGAAUUAUCCUCGGCGCAAGGUACCUUGAGGUUCUUAAGUCUCGCUUCAUAAUUCGUGUAGUGCGGAAGAAGCAGUUAAAGUUAAAGUGUAUACAUGAAGACUGAAGACGACAGCCGUGAUAAAUGCGACUUUUAUACUUUCAGAAAAGAAAUUAUGUAUGUUUUCCAUCCAUCCACACUGAAGCCAUGUGUUUGAUUUAUAAUGUUAGGCAUAGAAUGACAUUUCUUAUUCCUUAGUACAAACUUUGUUCGCGCUGAUUCAGCGUAUAUUACAUCGUACUAUCUUGAUAAGCAUCGAAUCAGAAUCAAUAUUUAGCAACCCAUGUCACGCUUUCUGUCAAAAAUUCUAAAAUCUUCCACUUUUCUUGUAGUGAUUGUGAAUAUCAAAGACUGAAUGCGUCAGUGUUGUUUACAUUCUAGAAAGCAAGAAGCCACUUUCAUAAAACAAUUUACUCCUGCCAGUCAAACGAAUCUGCUUGCUUUGAAAAACUGUUGGCUGCUUAAUACUAAACUAACCAUGGUACAACCAUGCCAUGGAUAAAGCGAAAAUAGUCGUAGACGGGAGAAUUCUUGUCCUAUUGGUCUACAUGUCUACAUAAGCAGGGAUUAUCGUCAUAUAAAUGUAUGGCGGUAUAUAUGUGAUCAUGAUAUGAACAAUCUUUUGAAGUCGUUACUCUGGUAUGAAAAUCUGUUAAACGAUUGAUACUAAGGGUUAUUUUUGGCUUAAACAUGCAUGUCUUUGUCUUUUCUGUUGAUAUCGGUUUGGUGAUUAUGCUCUCAGCUGAUUGCGUCUUACCAUAUAAUAAUAAA